GUGAAUAUAUACGGAACGGUGCUUCGUACACUCUGCAUUUCAGUGUACACCUUUACCGCUGCCGGAUGAUCCUCAUUUUUGUUAUGAACAACGAAUUUAAUUCCCAGCAGAAAGACUAAAUGGCCUUUCAGCAUUUGUGCUGCCCAUCCAAUUCUGUUCAAAUUUAAACCGGCAAGUAUGCCAUUUAAGUGACCCACAACCAAAUUUUGCAAGGAGCUAAAUUUCGUCGUUAUUCACGUUGCUAUCCUACAUAGCCUAAGGCUUUUUUUUUUUUUUGUGUGUAUGUUUAUUUUUAGUUUCCAGUUUAUGGUAUACUCAAGUUCACGUAUAGUUCACGAUUCGUCAUUAAAAAUAUUGAAUUGCUGUGCGAGGUUAUGAACGACUUUGCACCGCUUUGGUGAACCAUCCGGAAGAAGAAAAACUAAAUUGCGGUCCUUUCUUCAGACUUCAUCAGACCGCAAACAACUCUGAGCUGAUUUAAAAAGAACAGUCGGAAGUCUUAUACGUGGAAACGUUUUGCAGGUCCUUUUUCGAGUUGUAUCGGCAAAACGGCAAUCCACUCCGCGGCUAUGAACUGUGCUGUGGCUACCGCUACAUUGCUGUAUUAUUUCGUUGCUUGUCAUUGCUUGCUGGCCUUCGCAACCGCAACGUUCUCAUCUCCAUUCACCUCGAUUUUUCAUAAUGACGUAGCCCAGUCAGCAAAAGACGUUCCGCACAACACCAGCGGACAUCGCUGGCUAUCGAAGUGGCGGUGGAAGUGGACACAAGACACACCUGUCACCGCUUACGGCAAGCAAUUUGACGAAAACGAGGAGGAAAGUAUCGAUGAAGCGAAAAUAACAACGGUCGAAAUCAUUGCCAGUCGAGGCUACCCUGUUGAAAUCCACGAAGUAAUCACUGAAGACGGUUACAUUCUGGAACUGCAUCGUAUUCCAUAUGGUAAAGGUCAGGUGUCCAAGCGUGAUGUUGAAAAGCAGGUCGUCUUUAUUCAACACGGAUUUCUCAACACCGACAAUGUGUGGAUCAUCACUCCUAACAACCAAGGCCUCGCUUACAUAUUGGCUGACACCGGCGUGUAUGACGUGUGGCUUGGGAACGCUCGAGGCAAUACCUAUUCACGCAAGCACGUCUAUCUUGACCCUUCCGAAGAAGAUUAUUGGAACUUUUCAUUCGACGAAAUGGGCAAAUACGACAUUCCUGCAGUGAUCAAUUACGUGCUGGCCAAGACGGGGCGCAAUACGAUGAGUUAUAUUGGCCACUCGAUGGGAUGCGCAAUGUUUUUCAUUGGCAUGUCUUUGCGCCCCGAGUUGAACGCCAAGAUUGAUGUGAUGAUCGGUCUAGCACCAGCGUCAUCUGUUGCAGAGUCCCAGACUGGCCUUCGUUUCCAAGCUCCGUUCGUGAACCUGUUAGUUAAUCUCUUCCGAAUUCUUGGAGUGCGAAUAUACGAGCCAGUGGAUUCGACACGGAACAAUUUUAGAAAAAGAUUUUGCGGGCCUAGUCUUUUCUUGCGUUACUCCCUCUGUCAAAACCCUAUAUUUGCUACAACUAGUGACGAAUACCGGGAUAUAGAUGUGAAUCUUCUACCUGUCAUUGACGGUCACAAUCCGGCGGGAACUUCAGUUAGAACAGCCGCUCAUUUUGCUCAGAAUUUCAACGCGGGUCAGACUUUCCAGCGGUAUGAUUUUGGUCCAACGGAAAAUCAGCUGCGUUACGGACAAGCUACACCUCCCGCUUACGAUCUGAGUCAAGUCACAUGUCCCGUUUUCCUUUUCUGGGGACAAAGCGAUAAAGUUGUUGAUCCGAGGGUAUAUAGCCAUUUCUCCUCUCCCUCCACGUCCACUGAUUGAUUGCAGAUUGACUAAUUGCUUGUCUCUUUCUCGUUUUGGUAUUAGGAUGUUGCCUGGUUGGCUUCCAAAUUGGGAAAUUUGAAGGCUUCUAUUCAGGUCGAAGAUCAAUCGUGGAACCACGUAGAUCACUUAUUUUCA